AUGCAUAGCCUCAUCCUUUCUACCGCCAUUGCGGCGCUCUCUACCCGCGCCCUGGCUGGCAUCAUCGAAACUCGAGCUGAUCCGAGCGUUCUCCAAUUUGUCGAUGGGGACUGGGAGGACAAGAACCAGGGGGAUGUGUACCCAAUCAAAUGGUCGAAGGGAAAUGGCCAGGACGUCGCUGUCUCUAUCAAGGGCGAGGGCGGCUACUCUGAGAUUCUCUGUGAGACCGAAGAGGCGCCGGGCGAGCUCGACUGGACUAUCGAUAUCCCCAACUGCGGCGUCGAGUACUCCAUUUGGCUGAAGCAGGAGAACUGCGAAGAGCUCGAAUCGCCCAAAUUCAAGGUCCUCUGCCCGGCUCCUGUGGCACCAGUUCCAGGUAACUGGUCUGGCCAUCCCGAAAAGCCAUCUAUCACAGUCGUAUGGCAAGACGAGGAAUGCUCGUGCCAGAAAACCAAGGUCACCGUUCCCCCAACCCCGAGCAAGACCAUCUGGUACGAUGCCGAGCUCUCCUGCUCAGUCACUGCCACUGCACCACCGGAGGAGACGAGUUGCACCGAGAGCUCAGUUCCUGUCGCACCAGCAACCAAUACUCCUCCUGCCUGGACUGCUCCUGCUCCUAAGUCGCCAGUCGCUCCUGCCGCGGCUACCUCUGCAUCGUGGACUGGUGCCGCACCAACCGGAGCCAAGCCUGUAGCACCCGUUGCGACAUAUGAGGGUGCUGCCUCCAAACUCGGCGGCUCUGCCCUGGCGCUCGUGGCUGUGUUCGCCGCCGCGCUGGCUCUGUAA